AUGACAAUUGUCAAUUCACAACCUAUCGAUCGUUUUGAAAAUAGUAUUUUCUCAGAUGGUUCGUGCAAAUUAGAAGAUUAUUUUUUUCGAGCAAUCAACCCCAAUGAUAUCCAAAGCUUUACGAAACACAACAAUGCUACUACUUUUUCUCUAAACGAGGCGAACAAUUGUAAAGGUUAUGAUCCCGAAACUCUCUACUUUGAAGAUUUUGAUAGCACCUACCGCAACGAACAAAAAUGCGAAAUCAAAAUUACAUCCGAUAACAUUGUAACCGACUAUUUCACCUUCGUAUUGGACGAGAGUCCUGACAACAACGACAACGAUUCGUCCUCAGAUGACGAGAUUAGUAUUUUCUCAUAUGAAAGUGACGAAUCCAUAUCAUCAUUCUCCCCGUUUCCAAUAGAAAAUUAUAGUCUAGGUUCAGUGCAUAUGACACCAGAAACGUAUAGAGAUUUCUUAAUAAAUUACCAUAAACUGAAAAUUUCUCAAGCACAGUCAAACCUCGGUAUAACGUGCUCGGUCUAUUAG